AUAAAAGCUUGCGUUCUCGGCGUGGAACGCAGUUGAGCUGGGAGCCUCGACGCGUAAUGGACUCUUCUUCUCUUGUAGACAUGGUUCAAUCUCCUUGUCCGUUUAUAAUUGGAGUUUCUGGAGGGACAUCAUCAGGAAAAACUUCAGUUUGCCAGAAGAUCAUACAAUGUCUAAAAGAAACAUCUAUGAGCAAAUGGGGAAAGGUUGCAAUCAUAAGUCAAGAUGACUUUUACAGAGAACUCACAUCGGAACAGAUUGCGUUAGCUAACAAGUCUCAAUAUAAUUUUGACCACCCUGAUGCAUUUGACACAAAGCUCAUGAAAAAGACAUUGAGUGAACUUGUGCAGGGAAAAACAGUAAAACUCCCAAAAUAUGACUUCAAAACCCAUUCAAGAUUAAAAGACGAAUGGACGGAACUUGGACGAUGUGACGUUAUUCUUUUCGAAGGAAUACUCGUAUUUUAUCACAAGGAAAUCCGAGAAAUGUUUAACAUGAAAUUAUUUGUCGAUAGUGACGCUGACACAAGAUUAUCUCGACGAGUAUUACGCGAUAUCAGCGAGCGUGGACGUGAGCUGGAGUCAGUUUUACACCAAUACACAACUUUUGUAAAGCCCGCUUUCGAGGAAUUCUGCAUGCCGACUAAAAAGUAUGCUGAUGUUAUAAUUCCAAGAGGACACGAAAACACUGUUGCAAUCAAUUUGAUCGUCCAACAUAUUAGAGAUAUAUUAACCGGCGGUGUCAGAAGAAGACAGAAUGGUCAUGUCACCAAUGGUUCGGGCGAUCACUCUCACAUGAAUGGUCAUGCGAAAGCUGUGAAUGGUUUGGUAGGGGUGUUACCGUCGCAAGAAAUUGCAAAUGGAACUUCCAGACCCCACUGAUGGUGCUUUUUUGUUUCUCCUUUUUUAUUAUUUAGUUUACCUUGGGUGGUGAUUGCCGCAUUCCUUUUAUUGUCUUUAUGAUAGCGUUGUACUUACGGUAAGUGCCAAUUGUGGGGAGGGUGAGUGUAACAAUCAAAUGCCAAUUUGCUAGUACGGAUAAAGGAACGGUUUUGUAUACCUCUUGCACACUGCUGCAUAAGCUUUCACACUUAUUUUUAGUUGUUUUAUUCACUUUAAAAUGUCCCCUCAUCAUUACUAUGAUCUGUGACGUUUCAAAGUUAUACUGCUGAAAUUACUUCAAAAUAUCUUGCCAUUUCAAAAUAAUAGACCAAUUGUAAGUAAUCUAGUAAAAACUGUUCAUCCAACCCUAAUCAUUUUUGGAAACAAAUAUAUUCACAGUUAAUCAGUUUCAUUUGUGCAAUAUUCAAUGAUGUAUCGUUAAAUGGAAAGAGAGGUACAAACCACAUUCAUUUCCUUUACACUUUUGACCCGCCAGUGUUCUACAUAAAAAUCUCAUUCAAUAAUCCAAACAAAUUUGGUUGAUGAAUAUGAUACCAAUAUUUUUGUAUUUUUGAAGGCUUUCGUUUGGAAACAGUUGUCCAUGGCCGGGCAUUGACAGUAUUCGAUCUUUAAUAAUUUAUUAAACAAUUGUAAUCAUCAGAAAUGUAUUAACCAUUUUUAGACAUAAUUGCUUUUUUUUAUUGGUUUAGGUUAGUGAGAAUGAGAUCCUCAUUUUUUGCUAUGCUUUCUCCUUCGUUAGCUAGUAUAUGCGGGCGCAAUGGCGUUGCACAGAAAGCAUAUUAAAUUCUGAAAAUUUAUGGUUCUUUUGAUGUUGGAAUUAUAACCCUUAUAGGCAGAUUUUGUAUGUGUCAAAUCCAGAUCUGUCAAUAGUUUGAGUAAAUUCCUGCACUCGAAGGCCAAAUAGAAACUAUAUUAAUAGUAACAAGAUUCUGCUACAAUGUUAAACUUGCUCUGAAUAUUUGUGAACGUACAAAUCUAAAUGCUGCCAAUAGACUGGUUUCUUUUUUUAUGAAUUAUUGUUACUGUGCCUUAUGUAAAUACUGCUUUAUACUUGUUGUACUCCCUGAUGGAAUUUUAUUCAAUCUCAUGACACUCGUGCUGCCCAGAUUAUAUGA